AUGGGCGAUACGUGUACGCGCGGCUGCCGGUUCUGCUCGGUGCGCACCGGCACACCGGCGCCGCUAGACCCGGACGAGCCGCGGCACACGGCAGAGGCAAUUGCGCGGUGGGGAGUCGGGUACAUUGUCCUAACGAGCGUUGACCGGGACGACCUUGCGGACAGCGGAGCGGCACACUUUGCAGCAACGAUCCGGGCGGUAAAGGAGAGGUCGCCGGGGAUCCUAGUGGAGGCACUAACGGGAGACUUUGGGGGAGAGCUGUGCGACGUGGCGACGGUGGCGCAGGCGGGGCUCGACGUGUUUGCACAUAACGUCGAGACGGUGGAGGCGCUAACGCCGUAUGUGCGGGACCGGCGGGCGACGUUUAGGCAGAGUAUACGUGUUCUGGAGCAUGCAAAGGCAUCGGGAGGAGUGCUUACAAAGACAAGCUUUAUGCUUGGGCUCGGGGAGGCGGCGGAGGAGGUGGAGGCGGCGCUGAGGGCGCUGCGGGCAGUGGGAGUGGAUGUAGUGACGUUUGGACAGUAUAUGAGGUAUGUAUUACGGCGUCUGCACAGUGUGUACGCAGUGUCACAGUGUUAUGGCUGCGGUGAGCUGCGGUGUGCAGACGCAGGGUGCUGGUGGCGCUAA